ACCAAACCCACGUGGAGUUUUCAUUCAUUCAUGAUCAAUUUCACUGCAUACGCUCCCUGGUCGGAUUUACAGAUAUAUCAAACUAAACCUGGGGGAACCGCAACAAUUACAGAAUAAUAAUAAUAACAAUAAUAAUAAUAAUGAUGAUGAGAAACACAGGACCCCGGGGGUUGGUUGUAGUAUAACAGGGAAAAAACAAGAUAUAUUGUACAUUUUGUAUUAUUAAUUUGUGGGGUGGUAGAGAAGAAUGACAUAUUAACAGCGUGGAUUUAAAUAUAUAUUUUUUAAAUAAAUUUCACUGUUUCCUUUUUUAUACUUGCGAGAUAAAAAAAAAAAAAAAAAAUUACAAUUUAAAGCGCUACUAUAAAAUUUUCGAUGGGUGUCUUGGGUGUGUGUUUUGCCUCAUUAUAACCAAAUGGAAGGAGAUUGCUAAAAAGAAUACCGUGGAAACAACUGCAAGCAGAAGGCAGCCGUGCUCUGAAGCAGCACUGAAAUACAUUGAAUCUGACGCUUUAUAAUUACAAUCUUGCUUGUGCCUGCUCCAGGUUUGCACGGCACUAGUUUUUGGUUCUCUUGCAAAAAAAAAAAAAAAAAAAAAAAAAAACGCAACAGAAAGCAACCGCGAUUACAUUUGAUUGUGUUUCUUCCAAGAGAAGAAACGAAGCAAGGCGAGUCGGGCCACGAACGGAAACAAAGGGACGAGUAUGUGCUGAAUCUUGAAUAAGUAACAACGUUGAGUCUGCUUGCAUAUUUCCGCAAACGAUAAAAAUAUCCCUGGAUUAUUAUUAUUCUUUUUUAAAAGUACCACAUGAGUAAUAUUAUUUGCAGUGUUCUUAUAAUUAAUACGUCUUCUGCAAAAUUCGCGGACUAAUCUGGGCAACCGACCCUUAAAAAUAGUAGGGGUGUGUGUUUGUUUUGUUUUUUUUUUUUUUUUUGGUGGCGAUCGGAAAGAACAAAGGAAGCCGGGAGUGGAGUUCAGCCUCCUCCUCGGAUUUCUCCGCCGCUCUUGCUUGGAUGACGAGAGGCCUCUGUCGGGCUGUGAUGUUUUUUUAAUCUUCAGCGUGUGUUCUCCUUUUAUAUAAUGUUUCCUCAGAACCGACCCCCAGCCCCGCUGGCUCCUCCCCCCGGCUCCUCUGCCUCUGCUGCGGGUGGCCCCGGGACCCCCCAGUCUCUGAAACUGACGUACCCCGAGACUCUGGACCGCAUCAAAGAAGAGUUCCAGUUCCUGCAGACGCAGUACCACAGUCUGAAACUGGAAUGUGAAAAGCUGGCAACAGAAAAGACAGAAAUCCAGAGGCACUACGUGAUGUACUAUGAAAUGUCCUACGGCCUUAAUAUCGAAAUGCACAAACAGACUGAAAUCUCCAAGAGGCUGAAUGUGAUCUGUGCACAGAUCAUUCCCUUCCUGUCUCAGGAGCACCAGCAGCAGGUGGUUCAGGCCAUGGAGCGUGCCAAGCAGGUGACUAUGGGGGAGUUGAAUGCCGCGAUAGGGGUACGUGGACUCCCCCCUCUGCCGCCCACACACCAGCUCCAGGCUCAGCACCUAUCCCACCAUGCACAGGGGCUCCCCUUGACCUCUCACCCCUCUGGCCUGCAGCACCCGGGUUUGGCAGCCCUAGGGGGGGGCUCCAGUCUGCUGGCCCUCUCGGGGGCCCUGGGGGCCCAGGCACAGCUCGCAGCUAAGGAGGAGCGGAGCCACCUGGAGGCAGUGGCAGCUGCAGCUGAGCAUCAUAGAGGUACAGCGAGUGAGAGAGAGGCUAGCUCGAACGGAGACAAAGGCCGGGCUCAAGCAGACUACCUGAGCAACGGCAAGAAGAGGAAAGCAGAGGAGAAGGACUUCAUGACAGACUAUGGCAGUGAUGCUGAUAAAAGUGAUGACAACUUGGUGGUGGAUGAGGACCCGGCCUCCCCACGCAGCGUCCACUCCUACUCGUCCCGAGAGAACGGGCUGGACAAGCUGCACCUUCAGCGGAAGGAGCUGGCACAGGUCAGCCCCACUUCCAUGGGCUCAUCCGGCAGUGCACCCUCCCCGUCCCGGGGCAAGGAGCCCCCUGCGAAUGAGAAGUCGAGCACACCCGGACUAAAGUCCAGCACCCCGAUGCCCCCGAGCGAGUCGUCUACGCCCGGCCCCAGUUCCGGUGCCAGCGCCAGCGGCAGCGCCCCACAAUUCAGACCCAUGCCUGGGAAGCCCGGGGUCGACCCCCUUGCUCUGGCUCUGCGGAACCCCCUGUCGGUGCAGGGCUCGUACCCUGGUGCGUUCGGGCUGGCUCACUCCGGGGUGAAUGGGGAGAUGGCAGCAGCAGCGGCGGGGGCGUACGCAGGGCUGCACCUCGUCUCCCCACAGAUGAACGGAGCCGCAGCGAACUACGGGCGCCCGCCUGUGGUGGGGUACGAGUCUCCCCACUCCCACCCACACCUCCGAGUGCCAGGACUACCAGCCAGCAUGCAGGCAGCCGCCACCGCCGCUGCGUCAGGGAAACCUGCCUACUCGUUCCACGUGAGCGCCGACGGGCAGAUGCAGCCGGUGCCCUUCCCUCCAGACGCUCUGAUUGGCCCGGGCAUCCCUCGCCACGCCCGGCAGGUCCACACGCUGAGCCACGGAGACGUGGUGUGCGCCGUGACCAUCAGCAACUCCACGCGCCACGUCUACACCGGGGGCAAGGGCUGCGUCAAGGUGUGGGACGUGAGCCAGCCGGGCACCAAGAGCCCUGUGGCGCAGCUCGACUGCCUGAACCGUGACAACUACAUCCGCUCCUGCAAGCUCCUCCCCGAUGGGCGGACCCUGAUCGUGGGCGGGGAGGCCAGCACGCUGUCAAUCUGGGACCUGGCCACGCCCACCCCCCGGAUCAAGGCGGAGCUGACCUCGUCGGCGCCCGCCUGCUACGCCCUCGCCAUCAGCCCUGACGCCAAAGUGUGCUUCUCCUGCUGCAGCGAUGGCAACAUCGUGGUGUGGGACCUGCAGAACCAGACCCUGGUCAGGCAGUUCCAGGGCCACACGGAUGGCGCCAGCUGUAUCGACAUCUCGAACGACGGGACUAAGCUGUGGACAGGAGGGCUGGACAACACGGUGCGCUGCUGGGACCUGAGGGAGGGCAGGCAGCUCCAGCAGCAUGACUUCACCUCACAGAUCUUCUCUCUGGGGUACUGCCCCAGCGGGGAGUGGCUGGCAGUGGGCAUGGAGAGCAGCAACGUGGAAAUCCUGCACGUCUCCAAACCGGACAAGUACCAGCUGCACCUGCACGAGAGCUGCGUGCUGUCUCUCAAGUUUGCAUACUGCGGUAAAUGGUUUGUAAGCACUGGGAAGGAUAACCUGCUGAAUGCCUGGAGAACGCCCUACGGAGCCAGUAUAUUCCAGUCGAAGGAAUCCUCCUCUGUCCUGAGCUGUGACAUCUCUCCAGACGACCAGUUCAUAGUCACGGGUUCUGGUGACAAGAAAGCCACCGUUUAUGAGGUCAUCUACUGAGGAGGA